AUGAUCGGCGACCCUCCCGACGCGCUCCCGUUUCAGGAAGACUCGUUUAAUCCGCACCAACGCUUCUGGCUACUUUGCGGCGAUUCUCUGCCUCCGGCGGAAGCGAAUCAUCUAGUGUCGAAUCGUGGUCUUCCCGCAGUUUCCCAAGGCGCUGCCGCAGUUUCCCCGUCGGCUCUUUCCGUCUCGUGCUGGUCGGUGCAUUUCAAGGAUAUCCAAGAGCAGCAGGCCGAUCCGCAGCAGCUGCAGAAAGAUUUUUUCGCGUUCAACGGGCAGGCUGCGCUGCCCGAGGGACAGCACCAGCCGCAGUGGCCCAAAGAAUGGCCCCAUCAGCGUAAGCCGAAGACUUUUCAGCCACGUGCGCUGCUCGUCGACGCGAUGGGGACUCUUAUCGAUACAUCGGAGCCGGAGCAUAAGGUGUACGAAACCGUGGGUCAAAAGUACGGAGUCUCGUUAUCAGCGGAAGAGAUUUUGCGGCGGUAUCGAACAGCCUACAGUAAACCGUGGCGCGGGGCGCUUCGAUACGAAGGAGAGGCUUUGCCGUUCUGGCAUCACAUUAUAUCGGAGUCAACUGGUUGUUCCAAUCCCAGUUACGCGGAGGAGCUACACGGUUACUACGCAACACAAACCGCGUGGCGAUUGUCUGACCCCCACGCGCACGAAGCCUUCGCUGCUAUUCGCCAGGCGGGCAUCAAAGUCGCCGUGGUUUCAAACUUCGACUCGCGGCUCCGGUCCGUCCUUCAAUCGCUGGGCUGCUUGAAUUGUUUCGACGCGGUCGCGGUUUCAGCAGAAGUGCGAGCAGAGAAGCCGUGUGGUAAAAUUUUCCACGCGGCGUGUGACAUGCUCAAUGUCCGGCCAGAUGAAGUCGUCCACGUGGGCGACAGCUGGAAGAACGACAUUGGCGGAGCGAAGGCAGCUGGGUGCGGAGGCGCGUUGCUGUGGAAAAGGGACGUCAGCUCGUUUGCAGACGUGGCAGCGCGAUUGGGUGUGGAUGUGCCGCGUUCGCUUUCCCGACGAUACUUUCCUUCUUCAGCUUCUAUGCAGCCUCGAGUUAGCUUUCAAGCUGCAAUAGCUUGA